AUGUCUGUGUUUGAUUAUCUGGAUAUGUUUGAGGAACUUGAUAGAAAUUUAAGGAGAGAGCGCAUUGUACGAGAUAGAACUAAUCCGCUUACCUACUUUGAUGAUGAUGAAUUUCUUCAAAGAUACCACCUAAGCAAAGAAACUGUGCUAGAACUUACAAACAUGAUUGGUGGUGAUAUUCAUGGAUGGAAUGGUCAGUAUUACAUCCCGCCUCUACUCCAAAUUUUGAUUACAUUGAGGUUUUUUGGGACAGGUUCAUUCUUAAAUGUAAUUGGGGAUCUUGUAGGAGUUCACAAGAGCUCUGUAAGUAGGAUAGUAAAAUCGGUAUCAGGUGCUAUCGCCGCUUUGAGACGUAGAUUUAUUGUGUUUCCCACGGACAACGCAGCCACUCGAAUUCAAAGAGAUUUCAUGAAUGUUGGAAGAAUUCCCGGUGUUAUUGGCGCCAUAGACUGUACCCAUAUCCCAAUACUGUGUCCGGGUGGAGAUAAAGCAGAGCUUUUCCGCAACAGAAAGGGGUACUUUUCUAUAAAUGUCCAGGCUGUUUGCGACAGCGACUUUAAAUUCACUAACAUUGUAGCACGUUGGCCGGGUAGCACCCAUGACAGUCGAAUAUUCGACAAUAGUACAUUGUGUGCAAAAUUUGAGAAUGGUGACAUUCGCGGUACUUUGGUUGGCGACAAUGGAUAUCCAUUGAGGCAGUAUCUGUUAACUCCUGUUUUACAGCCACAGACCCGAGGAGAGCAAAGAUUUAAUAGACACUUGUCUAGUAUCCGGGUAAGAAUUGAAAAUCUUUUUGGAAUUUGGAAAAGACGCUUCCCAUGCACAAGGUACCAACUGCGUGUAAAAUUAAGUACUGCUCUGGUUGUUAUAGUAGCGUGUGCAGUGCUACACAAUUUGGCGAGAAUGAUGAUGGAGCCAAUACCCGACGACAACGACCAGCGGCCUUUCCCAGAGGAAGUUGAUGGGGAACACGUCCGACGGGAAGAGGGUGGCAGGGCUAUAAGAAAUAUGUUGAUCCGACAUUUCGAAUAAUCAAUGUAAGUAUAAUGAUCAUAGUC